AAGCCGCGUUUGGGCUUCAAGGGCAUCGCUUCAAGGGCAUCUCUGUCAAAGGCCGUGUAGUCGGUCUCUCCAAAUGGAGCAUCUCCGCGAGUGCAUCUAUCGCCUUCCGAUCUGCGGCGGCUUUUGUGCUCCAACCAGCCGCUCGGAUCGCUGCGCGCCGGGAGGGCCACCGCAAAAUGGGCCACGAAGAAGCCCUGAGAAGUCCUGCCUGCGGCACUUCUCCAACGAGUACACCCUGCCGGCCAGCCAGCACUUCAUGAAGCUGAGCCCUUGCAUCGAGACCAACAUCUGCUGCCGAACCUUGGGGUCGAUGGGAGUCAGCUGCGGCCGCAGGCAUCGAAGGCCCUUGAUGCUGUGCUCCUGCGGUGUGUCCUUUAUUGCGAUGCUUCUGAACUCGGUGGCCCUUUUGGCAAUCUCGAGCAAUCCUGCAGUGGUAAAGGCGACAGCAUGGUCAGUAGGCAUCAUGGCCUACGAGGGCAAUCUGUCCUUCCAGGUCAAUGGCACCACAGUUCAGCCAGCGACGGCCAGAGUGGAUGCUUGGGUCGGCCUCACGGGCCGAGUUGAGGAGCUGGAUUGCAGCGCUUCUAACGACCCAGCCAAGUGCGCGCAGCGUUUUCAGGGUGGCGGCCUCUUGCUGGGGGAGAUGGAGGAGCUGGAGCCAGGACGCUUUCAGCGUUUCGUGACCUUCGAUGACCCCGAUGCGUGCUGGCAGAACUUUGCCAUUCCCGACGUGGGCACUUUGGGCAAUGCGGUGGAAGGCCUGUCUGGAGGCGCGAUUCCCUCAUCUGCCGAGAUGUGUGAGAGCUGCCAUGAAUCGGCCAGUUCCACGUUCUCUCUCAUCAUCAUGGCAAUUGUGACGCAGGUCCCCCAAAUGGCGACCAACCUGCAACGAGCAACCGCCUUUGGUGACGUGAACUGUCAGGCCACUUUUGGUGUCGUCACCUCAGUCAUGGGGGCGUUCAGUACCCUGUCCAGCUUGAUGACCUUCCGCUACGUUUGCUGGCAAUCCUUUCCAAGCAUCUCCAGUGACGACAACUCGGUGUUCGACUUUCGUUGGGGUGCUGGUCCGGGCUUUGCCUGCAUGGUGCUGGCCACUCUGCUGAAGUUCUGGGACGCCUUUGCCCACUUCUUGGUGCCCGCCCCUCGCGCGCGGAGCAAACCGGCGGAGCAAACCGGGGAUUUGUACGACUACCUGAUCCGCAGCGAGCUGUAUGAGUCGGCGGUGGCGCCAACGCCAUGAAUCUGAGCGAGCCAUAGAGAAAGCGGCGGCUGACUCAUUGACACGCCGAAUUAUGACAUGGAACACCCAUGAAGAUCCCUUCGGGUUCUGUAGGAUGUCCAGCUUGAGCGGUAUAGGGAUUCGCGGCUUGCCCAGAUUCGUGAAUCGAUCUCGGGCCACUGGACGUCGCAUGUCCGUUUCAGAGGCUUUUGCUUGGCUUGAUGGCGGCAGCGUCCAGCGGUGACAGUGUUGUUUCUCGUACUCGACGGGUUUGUCACAAAGCCAAAGAAGCCGAAAAGGGCCAAUUUGGGUUUUGAAGCCUGAAGGGGCCUUGGAAAUUUUAUGGUUGCUAGCUGGACAGCUUUUGCUUCAGAUCAGCUGAUCCCUUGUCCAUCCUGCCAGUGUUGUUUGGUG